AUGCCUACUGUGAGGCAGCGCCACCACUAUUCUUCAACCAUGGAGGGCCCUUCUGGCAUAUCGGCAGAAUCGGAUCCUCCUACGCCGCCUCCCUCUGAGCGCGCAUCUUCGCCGACCGCGCCCCUCCACGGGCGCACCAGUCCCUUCCACCUGGCCAUUAUGAGGAUCGGUAGUCACCCCGUAUUGAAAGCACUUGCUGGCUUUGUCCUCCUGGGACUUCUUUCCGGCCUAUUGGGAUGGCCAAGGCAGCUGGUAUUCUGGUUGAACCUGGUCGCCUUGGUUCCGCUGAUGGCCAUCAUCACGAUUGCUAUCACCGAGCUGUCCCAUACCCUUGGACCAUUUCUUCACGAGAUCCUGAAAUCUACCCUGGGUAACUCGGUUGAACUGAUGGUUGGCCUUGUGUCAGCGCAAAUGGGUCAAGGCCGUAUCUUCCACUCAGUGGUGGUUGGCAGUAUCCUGUGCUAUUCUCUGCUGGUGCUUGGUAGCUGUUUCUUGAUCUCUGGCUACGACAAGGAACAUCUACACUUUGAUCGCAAUUUGACUAGCAUCAUGUCAUCGUUGAUGAUGAUGGUAUGCAUCUCCUUGGUGCUUCCCGGCGUGAUGGUCACAUUUCCCUCGUUGGAUACCCUCUCCAUCAGUGCCGUGGUGACUAGUCAUGAGGUACAAAUGGUUUCGUAUGGGAUCGCGCUCAUCCUGCUGGGUCUGUUUGGUGUCUUCCUUCUUUUCCAACUCAAGUCCCAUGCGGCCUUGUUUCGCAUUGCCGAGGGGGCGGCCGAGUCGCACUUGAGCGAUGCCAGCAGUGAAACCCGCGCAGACGAUAAUAGAAUGCCAAUGGACCACGAACCGGUCAUGUUCACACCGCAAUCGGCUGGCGUUGCUCUUCUCAUUGCAGUGGCCUGCUUGACGGGGUGUGUUGUCCACAUUGUGAACAGUGUCAAUGCUGCGUUAGAGCGGGGAACUGGCACCAGCUUCCCCAUUUUGGUCUGGGUGCCGCUGGUGGGGAACGUGUCCAAAUAUCUGACCAUUGUGAUCAUCUCGCGCCAGGGCCAUGUGGAGGUCGCCGUCAGAAACAUCUUGAACAGCGUUCUACGCCUCACCCUGUUGGUCACGCCAACUCUGGUCCUCAUGGGCUGGUCCCUAGGCCAAUCGGUGACUCUGCAGAUGGAUAAUUUCGAGGCGACCAUGCUGUUCCUCGCCGCCAUGGUCAUGAGCCACGUGAUUCACGAAGGCCGGGCCAACUACUUUGACGGCCUCAUGCUCUGUGGAACGUACAUCAUCACGGGAGUCGCCUUCUAUGUGUGUCCCAGCGUGAGCACGAUCAAGGACAUCGCGGUCGUAAGCACAUGA